GCCCCGGCCCCUACCUGAGCCAGGCCCGGCCGCGGGCUUCACGCCCACGCGGCGGCCGGUCCUCGCGCAGCAGGCGGGGAAACUGAGGCCCGUGCGGCCGGGGCGGGGCCGGCCCCCCGGCGAGCCCGAGCCCCCGCCCCCGGCCGGCCCCGCCCCGGCCCGUAAGAGGCCCCCUGGGCGAGAGGCGAAAGCGCACAGCGCGGCGCCGGGGCCGGGGCCAGGACCGCGAUGGCAGCUCAGCGGCUGGGCAAGCGGGUGCUGAGCAAGCUGCAGUCUCCGUCGCGGGCCCGGGGGCCGGGGGGCAGCCCCGGGGGGCUGCAGAAGCGACACGCGCGUGUCACCGUCAAGUACGAUCGGCGGGAGCUGCAGCGGCGGUUGGACGUGGAGAAGUGGAUCGACGGGCGCUUGGAGGAGCUGUACCGUGGCAGGGAGGCAGACAUGCCCGAUGAAGUCAACAUCGAUGAACUGCUGGAAUUAGAGAGUGAAGAGGAGAGAAGCCGGAAAAUUCAGGGACUCCUAAAGUCAUGCACGAACCCCACAGAGAACUUUGUCCAGGAGCUACUGGUGAAGCUGCGAGGCCUCCACAAGCAGCCGGGCCUCCGCCAGCCCAGCCCCUCCGGCGACGGCAGCCUGAGUCCCCUCCAGGACCGCGCCCGGACCGCGCCGCCCUGACCUGCGCCCCGGCCUCUGUGACCCCCUCCGCCGCCCCCGCUUCCCCCCGGCCCUCAACACGGCCCGGCUUGUUUAUACGUUGUAUUUAAUGGUUCUGUAACAAUAA